CGAAACUAUUGGCAAAUUGCCAAUUGGUCCUUUGCAGUUGACGAAAUAUUUGGUCUCGUAAAAUUCACACAAUCUGUUUACUCCGAAGGAAAACUCAAAGCAUCUCACUUUCCCCGGUUGGUAUUCAAUAGCGUAGUUCUCAUCUUCGUCAUCUUGAACGGUCAACUAAAAUUCCUGAAGAAAUUGCAGAGAAGGUACGAAUAGUGAAGAGAACAUGGGUAAUCUAUUCGGUUGUGUACAAGUUGAUCAAUCCACAGUAGCUAUAAAGGAAAAAUUUGGUAGGUUUGUGGAAGUUCUUGAGCCAGGAUGCCAUUGCCUGCCUUGGUUUCUUGGGCAUCAGCUUGCUGGUCAUCUCUCUCUUCGUUUGCAGCAAUUGGACGUGCGCUGUGAAACCAAGACAAAGGACAACGUAUUUGUCAAUGUCGUUGCAUCUAUUCAAUAUCGUGCUCUGGCAGACAAAGCAGAUGAUGCCUUCUACAAACUUACCAACACAAGGUCUCAAAUCCAGGCCUAUGUUUUUGAUGUGAUUAGAGCUAGUGUUCCAAAGCUCAACCUGGAUGCUGCUUUUGAGCAAAAGAAUGAAAUUGCAAAAGCUGUGGAAGAUGAGCUCGAGAAAGCUAUGUCUGCUUAUGGUUAUGAGAUUGUACAAACGCUCAUUGUUGACAUAGAACCAGAUGAGCAUGUGAAACGGGCAAUGAACGAAAUCAAUGCUGCUGCAAGAAUGCGGGCGGCAGCUAAUGAGAAGGCAGAGGCAGAGAAGAUUUUGCAAAUUAAGCGGGCUGAGGGUGAGGCCGAGUCCAAGUAUCUCUCUGGGCUGGGUAUAGCUCGGCAGCGUCAAGCGAUUGUAGAUGGUUUGAGAGACAGUGUGCUGGGCUUCUCUGUCAAUGUUCCAGGGACUAGUGCAAGGGAUGUCAUGGACAUGGUCCUUGUGACUCAGUAUUUUGACACCAUGAAGGACAUUGGCGCUUCCUCUAAAUCCUCUGCCGUGUUUAUUCCCCAUGGACCUGGUGCUGUCCGUGAUGUAGCUUCUCAGAUUCGUGAUGGACUUCUUCAGGGUUCUCACCAGUAGUUCGGAACUUCUACAAGUUUUUCAUUUCUUAUCUGCAAGUUGUUCUUUUGCUUCAUCCCGAUGUGUUCUGUUUGCUAUAGUUUUGUUUCAUGGUUACUUUAAUUGUUCAAUACUGCUACUGUAUACUUGUGGUGAGCUAAUAAUGAUAUUAUAAACUGAGAGAAUUCUUCGUACU